UGUUUUAUAGGUAUUAAUAUAACUAGUGAAUCUCCAAUUGGAAGAAAACUGACCAUCCAUUCUGAGAAAAGCAAUGCUGCUUGUCAGACAUUGCUAUCUCUUCCUGUGGAUUUUAAUUUAGAAAAUGUAUUAGGUGACUAUUUUAGAGCUGAUGAAUUUUCAGAUCAAUCUCCUGGAAACCUCAGUUCUUCAUCCCUCAGAAGAAAGCUGUUUUUAGAUGGCAAUGGAAGUAUUUCUGACUCCUUACCUCCAGCUUCUCCUAGAAGUCCUCGCAGUGGUGCUCAAGCCUCAGUUGAGGUUUUUUAUUCGAUAGAUUUAUCUCCUGUACGGUGUAGGAGCCCUGUGCAGACACCAAGUUCGGGGCAGUUUUCUUCCAGCCCUAUUCAGGGCAGUACAAAAAAAUACAGCUUGGGAAGUAGAACCAGCCCUUCACCUCUUUCUUCACCCACUUUCUCACCAAUUGCAUUUCAGAUAGGAAAGACUCCACUCUCGGAACAAAGGAAGUUUACUUUUCAUUCUCCUGAUAAUUCGGCUGGAACAACAAAUUCUAAUGGAAUUACUAAUCCAUGUAUCAGAAGUCCUUAUAUAGAUGGCUGCUCACCAAUUAAGAAUUGGUCUCCUAUGAGACUCGAGAUGUGUACAAGCGGUACUCAGUAUCGGACCUCCCUGAUUCGGAUACCUUUCGCUCUCGAGGCUCACGGGGAAGAUGAAGAAGAUCCGGUGAAUCUUCCUUCCACAGAAUCCUCGUCACCAGCCAUGGACACGGGUGGAGUACACCUGCGGCAGGUGACCAGUGACACUUCUGCACGUGGCACACGUUUGGUAGUGACUGCCAUGUCUAUUACACAGAAUCAGUCCAGUACUUCUGAGAAAGAAUUAGCACUGUUGCAGGAUGUUGAAAGUGAGAAGGAGAACAACACUGUGGAUAUGGUUGAUCCUACAGAAAUAGGAGAUGAGAACACUUGGAUUAAGGAGCCGGUUGAUAAUGGGAGUUUGCCCAUGACUGAUUUUGUGAGUGGGAUUGCCUUCAGUAUUGAAAACUCUCAUAUAUGCAUGUCACCUCUUGCAGAAAGCAGUGUCAUUCCUUGUGAAAACAGUAACAUUCAGAUGGAUAGUGGCUAUAACACACAGAAUUGUGGAAGCAAUAUUAUGGAUACUGUUGGAGCAGAUAGUGAUGCACAAACCUUGGAACUUGAGAAUAAAUCUCAAGUUUUUAAUACAAAGGAAGACCGAGUAACACAGAGGUGUUGAAUGAAAACAGCAACUCUUCCUCAAGGCAGCAGUCCAUAGAAUACCUCUCAGAACCAAAGACCAGUGGCUCCUCACAUAAUUUUUUAUGCACAGGAUCAAUAAUGUGAUCGUGAUUGGGAAAAAGUUGCUUCAACUAACAUGCUUAGCUUUUUUUCUUUCCUCCCUUAAUGUGAAAAAUCAAGGGCUUAAUUUAGUGACAUGGCAACAACAGAAAAGCUCCUAGAACUUUCAACUCAUCGAAGUACAACUGUAUUUUUUAUUAAUAAAUAUUUUUGUACUUA